UGAGAGGAACCAGAAAGAAGGGAGGGACCGAGUGAAGUGCACGGUCGCUCAGGUUGGCAAGAUGGCGUCGCCGACAAUGAAGCGGCAGGGCGGCCCGGGGCUGCUCAGAGCCUUCCUGGUGUUUCUGGGAGUUUCUGCGCUCUGUACUGUCGCAUUAGCAACCCGGAAAGGAAAUGCUUCCAUGGAUCAUAGAGGCCACAAACACAGACAUCCAGGUCACUUGUCGCUGCACAGACACAAACAAAGAGCGGGCAAGGAAGGACAGGUCCUCCACAGGUCCAAACGAGGUUGGGUCUGGAAUCAGUUCUUCGUAAUUGAGGAGUACACUGGACCUGACCCGGUUCUGGUGGGCAGGCUCCACUCAGACGUAGACUCAGGCACCGGCUACAUCAAGUACAUCUUGUCCGGCGAAGGUGCGGGAACGAUCUUCGUUAUCGAUGACAAGACGGGCAACAUCCACGCCACAAAAACCCUGGACCGCGAGGAGCAGGCCCAGUACACUUUAACGGCUCAGGCUGUGGACAGAGAUACAAAUAAGCCUCUGGAGCCACCAUCGGAGUUCAUAGUGAAAGUUCAGGACAUCAAUGAUAAUCCUCCUGAGUUUCUACACGGGCCAUACUAUGCCAGGGUGCCUGAGAUGUCCAAUGUCGGUACGUCAGUGAUGCAGGUGACAGCUACAGAUGCUGAUGACCCCACCUACGGCAACAGUGCCAGACUGGUGUACAGCAUACUGCAAGGACAACCGUAUUUCUCUGUGGAGCCUCAGACAGGUAUAAUUCGUACGGCCUUGCCAAACAUGGACCGCGAAGCGCGCCAGGAGUACGACGUCGUCAUCCAGGCCAAAGACAUGGGUGGUCACAUGGGCGGGCUGUCGGGCACCACCGAGGUUAAAAUCACCCUCACGGACGUCAACGAUAACCCUCCGAAGUUCCCACAGAGUGUGUAUACCAUGUCUGUGUCAGAGGAUAAAGUGCCAGGAGAGGAGGUGGGUCGCCUUAAGGCCAAAGACCCUGACCUUGGAGACAACGGGAUGGUCAACUACCGCUUAAUAGACGGAGAUGGAUUGCCCAUGUUCGAAAUAUCAACUGACUUCGAGACCAAGGAGGCCGUUAUUAAACUAAAGAAGCCGGUUGACUUUGAGACUAAAAAAUCGUACAGUUUGAAGGUGGAGGGAUCCAACCCUCAUCUUGACCCUCAAUUCCUCGCUUGGGGGCCUUAUAAAGAUGAAGCCACAAUAAAGAUAUCAGUGGAGGAUGCAGAUGAGCCUCCUGUGUUCAUAGCUCCCAGUUACACUUUUGAGGUAGAGGAGAACGCGCCCGAAGGCACCCUGGUGGGACGGGUCCACGCCAAGGACACUGAUCUCGCUAACAACCCCGUCAGGUACAUGAUUCCUCGGUACACCGACGUUGAGCAGUUCUUCAGCGUAAACGCGGAAGACGGCAUGAUUACCACGACGAGACCGCUGGACAGAGAAGCACAGGCCUGGCAUAAUAUAUCUGUGUCGGCUACAGAGAUAGGAGGCCACCAUCAGGACACCAAAGUACGUGUUAACAUCAAAGUGAAAGACGUGAAUGACAACGCCCCAGAGUUCGCUACCAACAAUGAAGUCCUCAUGUGUGAAACUGUUGCCCCAGGAAAGGUAAUUGAAACCAUAAGCGCAGUGGACAAAGACGAGAUGGCUCACAGACAACACUUCACGUUCAGCCUCGCUCCAGAAGUCGCCUACAACCACAACUUCUCCCUCAAAGACAACAGAGACAGCUCAGCCAGUAUCUAUGUGCUCCGUAAAGGAUUCAGCCGCCUGACCCAGGACGUUUACUAUCUCCCCAUCGAGAUAAACGACAACGGCUCCCCCGCCUUGAGCAGCACCAACACCCUGACCAUCAGAGUCUGCUCCUGUGACAGCAAAGACACCAUCCUCUCGUGUAACGUGGAGCCCUACGUCCUGCCUGCCGGCCUCAGCACCGGGGCGCUGAUAGCUAUACUGGCCUGUAUCGUCAUCUUGCUGGCUAUAGUGGUGCUGUUUGUUGCACUGAGGCGCCAGAAGAAGGAGCCUUUGAUAGUGUUUGAGGAGGAGGACAUCAGAGAGAAUAUUAUCACGUAUGAUGAUGAGGGAGGUGGCGAGGAGGACACAGAGGCUUUCGACAUUGCUACGUUGCAGAACCCAGAUGGUGCCAACGGUUUCCUGCCGAGGAAGGACAUCAAACCCGAGCUUCAGUUUCCCCUCAGGCCUGGUCUCGGCCGUACGGCAGCCAACAGUGUGGACGUGGACGACUUCAUCAAGACUCGAAUCGCCGAAGCCGACAGCGACCCGACCGCGCCGCCCUACGACUCCAUCCAGAUCUACGGCUACGAAGGCAGAGGAUCACUGGCUGGGUCGUUGAGUUCCCUCGAGUCUGUGACGACAGAGUCUGACUUGGAUUAUGACUAUCUGCAGAGUUGGGGGCCGAGGUUUAAGAAGCUGGCAGAUUUGUACGGGACCAAAGACUGCUGCAUGAACAAUGAUGAUGACGGUGAAGACUCUUAACAGUAGUCUUAAUGAGUGGACGCCCCUGAUUUCUGAUGUAUUGAUUCCAUGAGGAUUUGUUAACCGAGGGUUCAAACCCCUCGAUUCACAAUCGUUACCAACUACCAACUGAUCAGUUCAUGCCAAUUCGUCAAACCGACCGUUUAACAAGCUCUCCCUCCCGUGGCGCCUUCUUUGUCCUCCAAGACGAUUUGUUAACGAACACAUAAUGAACGCUUGGACUCAAACUGCUCCCAAGUUAUCCCCGAAUCUUUCCUUCCCCCUCCGAUGUCUCUCUCCCCCUGUCUUUCUACAGACUUGAGCAUUGCAGGGCUGAGAAAAAUCUGUUAUGUCACCAGUUUGUCUGUUUGGAAGUAAAACGUUGCUGUACGAUCAAGAUGACUUACUUAUAGCAAACUGUUUAGUUUAUUAGAGGUUCUAUAUACUUUUUUGUGUGGACUGGAUUCACAUACUUCCUUGAUGGUCCCUGAGAGAGAUUGUAUUCCCGCAACAGCUUUCUGAGCGGGUUGUAUUUCCCCUUAGUUGCUCUCUUAGCGCUGUACGUUGGGAGAAAAAAAAAACACAGAGAAAGAAAGAGAUAGAAGCAAAGUCAAAGAAUAAUUAAAGUUAGUAUGGGAUCCAGCAACUGCCUGAUGUAAGAAAGGAGAAACGAGCAGUAAUGACUCUGUGUCAGGAAGGUCAAACGGUUGAAACAGAAAACGCUUUUCAUCCACGUGUUGUUGCGUGCGCAGAAUUCAGCAGGUACUGUGGUUUAGAUGGCGUGACAGACUCUGGGUUGUUGAUACUUUGAAGACGCUCACAGCAUCUUCACAGUAUGGUGGCCUUAUAAUAAAUAAACAACAACUCCAGGGGUAAACACAACAAGAAUAACAAUGUGACGAUAGAGACCACUAGCUUCAGUAGCUGCCCACAGACAAAAUGAACACAUGAGGACUGAGUAUCUGUGAACACGCUACUCACUUUGUUUUGUUUUUUUUAAAUUCUACUCCCAAAAAGAGACUCAAC